UGUAUCGAUGAAGUUGUUUCAAAGAUGGCGGACUUCCUGCCGUCCCGCUCGCUGUUAUCUGUAUGUUUUCCUAACUGUGUACUCACAAGCGGAGAGGCAGAACAAUUGCGGAAGUCUAAAGAAAUAGAUAAGUGUAUUCAUCGAGAUAAGACGUAUGUAAAAAGGUUAGUCAAGAUUUUAUUACUUGGGGCAGGCGAGAGCGGCAAGUCUACUUUCCUGAAGCAGAUGCGCAUUAUCCACGGGCAGGACUUCGAUCAGAAGGCCAAAGAAGAGUUCAGAGCCACGGUGUUUAGUAAUGUUAUUAAAGGUAUCCGAGUGUUGGUGGACGCUCGAGAGAAGCUACGCAUCCCAUGGGGCAACCCGUCUAACCAGCGGCACGGCGACACCAUGAUGGCGUUUGACACCCGGUCGCUGAUGGCCCAUGGUCACGGCAUGGUGGAGCCCAAAGUCUUCCUGCACUACCUGCCCUCUCUCCGGGCCCUGUGGGCUGACCAGGGCAUCCAGAACGCAUACGACCGCCGCCGAGAGUUCCAGCUGGGCGAGUCAGUCAAGUAUUUCCUGGACAAUCUGGAAAAGCUUGGAAAGUCGGAUUACCUCCCCAGCCAGCAGGACAUCCUCCUGGCCAGAAAGCCCACUAAAGGCAUCCACGAGUACGACUUUGAGAUCAAGAACGUGCCCUUCAAGAUGGUGGACGUGGGGGGGCAGCGCUCUGAGAGGCGACGCUGGUUCGAGUGCUUUGACUCGGUCACCUCCAUCCUGUUCCUCGUCUCCUCCUCUGAGUACGACCAGGUGCUGAUGGAAGACCGGCAGACCAACCGGCUGAGCGAGUCGCUCAACAUCUUCGAAACCAUCGUCAACAACCGGGUGUUCAGCAACGUCUCCAUCAUCCUCUUCCUCAACAAGACGGACCUGCUGGAGGAGAAGGUGAAGCAGGUGUCCAUCAAAGACUACUUCCCUGAGUUCUCGGGCGACGCCUCCAGCCUGGCAGACGUCCAGCGGUUCCUGGUGGAGUGCUUUCGCAAAAAGCGCCGCGAGAACCAACAGAAGCCGCUAUACCACCACUUCACCACGGCCAUCAACACGGAGAACAUCCGGCUGGUUUUCCGCGACGUCAAGGACACCAUCCUGCACGACAACAUCAAGCUGCUGAUGCUGCAGUGAGGGACUGAGCGGGUUGGGGGGGCAGGGAUGGGUGGAGGCAGAAGGAAAGCGGGUGUCCAGGGAGGCAGCCUCUCUCCAUCCCUCUGUCCCCCCUCCCUGGUUUGAGCGGUUCCUCUCUAGAACUCUGACUGUGUAUAAAAGCCACCACUACUACAGCCAUUCCCCCCCCACGCUUCUCUGCCUUACUAAGCUGCUUCACUAAGACUUAUAACAGCCACCUUUGGCUCAGAGCCCCCCCCCCCCACUUGAAACCACUGUAAAUGACCUCCAUCCCCCGUCCACUGUGCAGUGAAUCUGCACCCUGUAUGUUUUCACUGUGUGUUGCUCUUAUUCACCCCACACUCCUCUGUGCUGCUCUGACCGCUGCGGCGGGGGGGUAUUUUUGUUACUGAGACGCUGUCUGUUACCAGGUGUUGCCCUCCUGUUCAGAACUGCCUUGGUUCUGUCUCUGGUUUUACAUAUGCGUUCCAUGACGCCUUUUGAUGACAUCACUGUGGGGAUUUCCUGUGAGGGCAGUUGAACUAACACACACACACACACACACACACACACACACACACACACACACACACACACACACACACACACACACACACACACACAGAGAUAGGAAUACCUGUUCCAAAGUCCACUUAAUUCUAGUUUUCUAAUGGUUUGUGUCUUUUUCUAAUAUAUGAAUUUACUGUAAUGCAUUUUUCUUUAACUUAUAUUUAAAGGGUUUACACGUUCUCCUGAUGGACUCUGUUACAGCCGGCUGGAUCCAUACACCAAGAAGUAAAAUUCUGUGCUCUAAGGGGUGAUAAUGACACGUUGUAUUUUGCAGUUUCUCAGGGCACAAUGUGAACCCCACAUGUCUAGUUAAAGCCAAGCAGCCCCCCCCCCGCGCCGCUCCACUGUGCUUCAGAAGCGGAUCUCUGGCCGACUCCAGCCAGGACCAUACUGUAGCAGCAGAGGCUGCACAUAUCAGCACUGAAACCAGCUCUGAAACCAGCUGUUUCCAAGGGUUGAAGCAUGUAAUGCAACUCCCAACCAAAGGAGUGAAUGAGGAGGCCCUGCACAGAGCAGUGUGGCCCCAGAGAGCAUUUUCUGUUUAUUCCUAUGCACCAUGAUCCAGAUACUUAGAACAUGCAUUUCAAAGGGACUGAAGUCCAUUUCUUCUAUUGAACAUAUUUUUGUCAACCAUCUAGUGUGGACAAAAAAUCGUACCCAAAGUUCCUGUAGAAAAUUUGAAAGAUGGCGAUGAAAAGUGUCCCCGUUGAUUUGACCGGCGGGCUGCAGCUGGUGAGAGCAGACACACAGAUGGAGCAGUGUUCACAGUCACUGCGUCACAGAGCUGCACACUGAGGGCCCUUAUCAGUCCAGAGCCCUGAGGACAAUCACAUCCAGGCCUGGGGGUUUUGUCCCUUCUCUGUCCCUGUAGGAUUAUCACUCAGUGUCGUGUAUUAUUCUGCACGUGGUGAGGGGGCUUCGUGUAUUUGUAUUCUCCUGAUAGGUACCUGUUACUGCUGUCUGUCUCCAUAAGUUAAAAAGAAAGGGAUUUCAUAUCCAGCCUGUAUGUCUCUAAUGUCCUCAUUGUCCUCUGUACUUCCUCUCAUGUGUCCUUAUGUAUCCCUCACACCAACCUAACUCAUUCCUAACAGCUGUGACCUCCCUCAGUCCUUUGUGUGACCAUGAACUUCAUCACAUUUUUAUUUCUGGGAUGGCGAUUAUUUCAGACAUGAGCAUGCUGCCAUGAAUGUGUUUGGGUAAGAGUCCCAUCUUCCUCAUCUGCAGAUGGCUCCGCGGCUCCCGCCUUCACUCAGACAGCUGUCCUGUUAGCAGUUUUCAAAUCCUCCAUUUUGCAGAAUGAUUCAGUUUGCCUUUAGGACCUGAUGCGUGUUCAACAGUGAUCAGCUUUAGAGUGGGAGGAAGGGUGGGUGGACAUCUUGAGACAGAUGAGAUCAUUAGUGUCCCCUCAGUGCAGUCCUUCCUGUGUGUGUGUGUGUAAAAGAGGAAGCUAGCGUAAAAGACUGCCAACAGCUCCGAGACACACACUGCAGCUCGGACAGAGGACAAACAUGGAAUGACUUGAGGUCAGACAGCCUGUUGUUACACAGACAGACGUGAUGAGGUCAGAGCAGGACAGGACCCUCUCACAGUGCAAAGCCCCGUCCUGCUCCUGAGAGACGAACACUGUGUGUACUGUCAGCUCUAGAAUGGAGCCUCUGUUCUGUCACAUGCUAAACCAUCAUCAGCAUAGGAAUGAGUCCUAUAACCCAGGAAUGAGUUAGCAUAUUAACACUUCCCAGCGAUGGCUAACAAGUGUCUGAAUGAGACGACCAAACGUCAUCACGCCCAACGUUAGCCGCCUUUAACUUAGCGGUGGUGACGUGAGGUCAUGUGCCCAUGCUGUAGUUCCUUUAUAGUCUAACGUUAGCUUUUUAGGUCAAAAAUCAUAGUGUUAAUAUGUGGAGAUGAUCCUGCUGAACUAAAUGUGUCAGUGUCACAGAUGUGUGUUUACUACGGACAAAUAUCCAAUAGAGUAAUCCCAUUUCAAACAUCAUGAAACGUGUAUAUCACACACACACACACUGGUGGAGAGCAGGAAAAAAGUUUGAAAGCAAAAAGCUGAUGAGUGUUCAUUUGGCUGUAUUUAUAUAUAUAUAUAUAUAUAUUGGUUAUUUAUUGGUGGCCCUGAUGUCUGACUGUAAAGGUUCAUUACGCUUCAGACAAACAAACACGCGAGUUCUUUUGGGUCUGCGCACACUUAACACCACAUGCUGCUGAACAAUAGCACACAAAAUGACAUUUUAUUUCUCUCCUAAUUGAGAUUUAGGUCAAUGCAAAAGAAUGCCACGCAGCUACACUAAGCCACAGUUAAAGAAAAAUGAUCAUCCCGAGAGAAGGAAUACAGUGCCAGACUCAAGGACGUACUCUUCCAGGAAUGAUCUGUCCACACCACACUCACACCUCUUCAGGGUUCUUUCAAUGAAUCCAGGGUGCAGGUAAAUCUGAGAAUCAAUGCAGAAAAUAAGAUCUGUGGCAAACACACGUUUAUGACUCAAACACAUGAAUGCACAUCACCACCGCUAAGCUAAAGGCGGCUAAUGUUCGGCUACAUGUCUUUGAGUAGUCUCAUUUAGAUGGGACGGCAUUAUCGCCUUGCCUUUGGUAAAGUUGCUCUGGUGUUCCCCAGUCCAUUAUGAGAUAAGACGGGAAGCAUCAGAGUUGAAUCAGAGGAUUUGAGAGACUUUAAACUCCUCCGACUGACAUUUAUUACUCCAGCUCUUUUUACCGGGCCAUGUGAGGGGCCUUGAGAUGAUCAACACUUAGUUUGAAUAUACUGAGCCUUCAGCAGGAGGAACCUGGUCAGUCAGAGCAUGUUCACCGUCUGCCUUCCAGCCCCUUAAGGAUUUGACACCAGAUCCCAGGGUGCUAGAUAAACACCAUCAUGGGAACUGACACUCAGCUUUUUUUUAUGAUACGUUUUAGUGAAGGUGCCUUCUUUGAUUAUUGCUUCCGUAGCUGCAUGUGGAGCAGCACAGGAACAUCUCUUUUUCUAACUGCCUGCCUUUGACUUUGCCUUCUGAAAUGUUUGAUAUAGAAGGUUAGUACACUGCAGCUUCUGCUCUGUGACUUCUGGUUGACAUUAGAAGGUAACCUUGAGAGGACACAGUGUCCCCCUCCAGAGUCCACACUAUGCAACAGCUCUGGUCCACUCGUGGUUUUGUAACAGCAAUGAUGAUUUGACUGAAUGAGGAUUCUCUUAAAGCCAGUGUCUUAUAAAAGUGUAUGUUUAAGGAUCUGCUAAAUAUGCUGAUGUUUAGUGCCUCCUCAUCCAAGCUCUGCCUCUACUGCCGUAACAAUCCUGUUAACAAAGGUUUGUACUUCCUGUACUGUUUUAGGUUUUUGAAAUGCAGAAUGCCACUGAGGCAGAUAAAGUGUCUCUCCCAGUUUUGAUAUUCUUCUAUAGAAAAGCUUUCCAUGUACAGUCUAACUUAUGCUUUGUUACCAUUCUACUCCUAAACAAAUCAAACAUAAAUAAACUGUCUUUUUUUAA